AUGAAAUUUGAAGUCAAUAAUACAGUGGCUGCAUCUUUCACUCCAAGUAUAAUCCUGCUCUGGCAAAGAGAUAAAGACGAAGAUGGACGGCUCAACUAUCAUGAAUACUUAACAAGUUUAUUUCGCUUGAUAAAAAAAUAUGACAAAUUUUCUAGUUCAACUCAUGAGGCAAGUAGAUCACGUGAGACACAAGUUAAACAAUCCUUUGCCCGACUUGACUUGGAUCAUGAUGGUUAUCUAUCUGCAAAUGAACUGAAACCCAUCAUUAAUGAUCUGCACCUAUCAGAACGAUUCUUUGCAAGACAGCAAGCUGAUUAUGUAAUUUCCCAGGCAGAUGCAGAUAAAGAUGGUCGGUUAAGUCUGAAAGAGAUGAUCGACAACCCUAAUGUAUUUUAUAGCGUUAUCUUCAGCGAAGAAAAUGAUUAUAUUUAUCAUGACGAAUUCUUUUCUGUAUCGAUCUUCUUUUCAUAAUCUGUAUAGUCAAGGAGAAUAUUUCUGCUUUCAUAGGUUGAAGUGCUAACAGAUGUAAAUGGUGCAUGU